AUGCCGCCAGUCUUGCACUGUGUUCGGCACGCCCAGGGCUUCCACAACCUUAACUAUGCGAAUCACAUUCUCCCCGAUCCCCUCCUUACGCCCCACGGGGAGACUCAAUGCCGGAAUCUCCUUGUGAAUUUCCCUUUCCAUGCUAACGUGGAGUUAAUUGUCGCUUCACCAUUGAGAAGGACAAUAUACACUGCGCUGUUAGCUUUUGAAGUACCGUUGAGGGAAAAAGGAUUGAAAGUCAUUGCCUUGCCCCAUGUUCAGGAGACAAGCGACGUGCCAUGUGACAUAGGGAGUGACCUUGAGGCGCUGGCGAAGGAAGUGAGAGAAAAGGACCUCCCAGUUGACCUUUCGCUGGUGAUGGAAGGCUGGAACGACAAGACUCAAUCGAAAUGGGCGCCGAACGCCAAAGCUAUUUCGGCUCGCGCGCGUGAAGCGCGUCAAUGGCUGAAGUCAAGACCUGAAAAGGAAAUCGUCAUGGUAUCCCAUGGUGGCUUUUUGCAUUAUUUUACUGAAGAUUGGCAGGACAGUACGUUGUACACAGUCACGAAGAAGAAACCUAGCCCGAAUAAUUAUACUAAUCUCCGUCCGUCGCCCGUGUGGCCAGGCACCGGCUGGGCAAACACUGAAUUCCGAACCUACGAGUUUACCGCCGAGAUCCACGACGACGAUUUAUACGGACACAAAAUCGACGGGGACAAUGCUUCCAUCAUGGAAACGAUUGAUUCCAGGAAACGACGAGGGAGGGCUGAAGCGCCUGCACCGCGAGACUUGCAGAAGCAGUUCUUUGUGCAGGCCAUGAGGGGGUGGGAGAACCAGCUAAUUCAGAACUCUGUGGACGAGAAGGAGAAAGAAGAGAUUAAACAGAAGCAGCCCAUCCAUGUGGAUGCGAGUUGUUAA